CACAUUAAGCAUGUAGUUAACGUUAGGUGAUCGUUAGGAUGAUAGUUAAAGGCCAAACUGGAAAAACCGAGUGCUUAGUCAGCAUGGGGCUAGGCAAAGAGAAAGGGACAGAGAAACACGCCAUAGGCCAUAGGGUGCAGCAGGAGGCGGACGCUGGACUGCUAGCAGGAGGGAAAUCCCUGAAAGCACUCGACUCCUUCACCUGGUUACCUUUCUAGAGUUGCAGAGGUAUCUGUUUGGAAGGAGAACUUACGCGGUGACACUGAAUUGGGGACAGCAUAGGUAGUUCCCAUUCCCAGGCGAAGUCGUAAGCACGUCCGGGGAGUCCCUGACCUGCAGCCCCCAGUGCCCGCCCUCCAGGAUCCCUCCUCCUGGGCGGUGAGAUCCAGAUCCCAGAAUGGCCCUUUAAAAGGCAGUGUCGUGUCCGGAGGGGGCGGGCUGGGGGCCACUGACCCGCCCGCGGCUGGUCCUUUCUCCCCGCCCUUCCCUCCUCCUUUGGCUCCCUCCCUCCCUGGAUCCCCGCGUUGCUCACUCGCUCUCCCCGCGCACGCUCCGUCUCCGUCAGUCCCCUGAGCUGUUCUAGUGCGCGGCGUGGAGCCAGGGCUCAGGCUGGUGGAGCGGCCGGGGCUGGAGGCUGGGAGUGCGGCGCGCACGGCCUCCCCGCGCCAUUAUCCGCGCUCGCUUCGGGCGAGGCCGGCGCCAGGAUGGCAGAGAUGGGGAGCAAGGGGGUGACGGCGGGGAAGAUCGCCAGCAACGUACAGAAGAAGCUGACCCGAGCGCAGGAGAAGGUCCUGCAGAAACUGGGGAAGGCGGACGAGACGAAGGACGAGCAGUUUGAGCAGUGUGUCCAGAACUUCAAUAAGCAGCUGACAGAGGGUACCCGGCUGCAGAAGGAUCUUCGGACCUAUCUGGCUUCUGUUAAAGCGAUGCACGAAGCCUCCAAGAAGCUGAGUGAGUGUCUUCAGGAGGUGUAUGAGCCCGAGUGGCCUGGCAGGGAUGAAGCAAACAAGAUUGCAGAGAACAAUGACCUACUCUGGAUGGACUACCACCAGAAGCUGGUGGACCAGGCUCUGCUGACCAUGGACACCUACCUAGGCCAGUUCCCUGAUAUCAAGUCGCGCAUUGCCAAGCGGGGGCGGAAGCUGGUGGACUAUGACAGUGCCCGGCACCACUAUGAGUCUCUUCAAACCGCCAAAAAGAAGGAUGAAGCCAAAAUUGCCAAGCCUGUCUCGCUGCUUGAGAAAGCCGCCCCCCAGUGGUGCCAAGGCAAACUACAGGCUCAUCUUGUAGCUCAAACUAACCUGCUCCGAAAUCAGGCAGAAGAGGAGCUCAUCAAAGCCCAGAAGGUGUUCGAGGAGAUGAACGUGGAUCUGCAGGAGGAGCUGCCAUCCCUGUGGAACAGCCGUGUAGGUUUCUAUGUCAACACGUUCCAGAGCAUCGCGGGUCUGGAGGAAAACUUCCAUAAAGAGAUGAGUAAGCUCAAUCAGAACCUCAAUGAUGUCCUGGUCAGCCUAGAGAAGCAGCACGGGAGCAACACCUUCACAGUCAAGGCCCAACCCAGUGACAAUGCCCCUGAGAAAGGGAACAAGAGCCCGUCACCUCCUCCAGAUGGCUCCCCUGCUGCUACCCCUGAGAUCAGAGUGAACCAUGAGCCAGAGCCGGCCAGUGGGGCCUCACCCGGGGCUACCAUCCCCAAGUCCCCAUCUCAGCUCCGGAAAGGCCCACCUGUCCCUCCGCCUCCCAAACACACCCCAUCCAAGGAGAUGAAGCAGGAGCAGAUUCUCAGCCUUUUUGAUGACGCAUUUGUCCCUGAGAUCAGCGUGACCACCCCCUCCCAGUUUGAGGCCCCUGGGCCUUUCUCAGAGCAGGCCAGUCUACUAGACCUGGACUUCGAGCCCCUUCCACCAGUGGCGAGCCCCGUGAAGGCACCCACACCCUCUGGUCAGUCAAUCCCAUGGGACCUCUGGGAGCCAGCAGAGGCCUCCGAGGUGGUGGGUGGAGCCCAGGAGCCAGGGGAGACAGCAGCCAGUGAAGCAACCUCCAGCUCUCUUCCGGCUGUGGUGGUGGAGACCUUCUCCGCAACUGUGAAUGGGGCGGUGGAGGGCAGCGCUGGGACUGGACGCUUGGACCUGCCCCCGGGAUUCAUGUUCAAGGUUCAAGCCCAGCAUGAUUACACGGCCACUGACACUGAUGAGCUGCAACUCAAAGCUGGCGAUGUGGUGUUGGUGAUUCCUUUCCAGAACCCAGAGGAGCAGGAUGAAGGCUGGCUCAUGGGUGUGAAGGAGAGCGACUGGAAUCAGCACAAGGAACUGGAGAAAUGCCGCGGCGUCUUCCCGGAGAAUUUUACAGAGCGGGUGCAGUGACGGAGGAGCCUUCCCGAGUGUGAAGAACCUUUCCCCCAAAGAUGUGUGCUUUUCUUUUCUUUGUUUUUCUUCCUCUCUUUUCUGUUUUUGUUUUGUUUUGAAAUUCUUGAAAAGUGUCGGGAAACUGGGGGGCGGAAACCUAAGCCAAGAGGUAUACCCCCAAAGAUGAGGUGGUUUUCCAAAGAGCCGUCCGACCCCGUUCAGUGGACUUCUCCAGUGUUCCUGAAGCUGCUGUGUCCCCCCCUAGUUGAGUUCCCGAUGCCCGCAUGUUCAGGGCGGGCCGGGGGUGCAGAGCCACCGCCACACUUGCCUGACGCUUGGCUGCGCCACCGAGCAGGGCUUGGGUCCUCUUCUGGCAGCUGCCCUGGGCAGGGCCUGCACACUGGCCCAGCCUGGUUCCGCUCUGCAGACCAACCGUGUGCUGUUUGAAAAUAAGCCCUAGUGUUCAAAAUGCAGCGAAACAAACAAAAAAGAAAAACCUGACAAAACCACCCAGAA